CAGCCUCCGCUGAAUCCGGCAUUGCCACGGUAACCGGGCUGCUCUGUUCAGCCGCACUGAUUUUUUAUUUUAUUUUUUUCCCCAAAAACCCUUCCUAAAGGAACAACUACACCAUUACCGACACAAAAUCGACAUGGUGAAGCUGGGCAGCACUCUUGGAGAGAAGGUGGAGAGGGAGCCAUCUCUGGAGGAUGGCUUUGAUAACAUCCCUCUGAUCACACCACUGGAGGUUAACCAGCUCCAGAAACCAUUUCCAGAUAAGGUCAUCGUCAAAACAACCACCGAGUAUCAGCUGCAGAAGAAGCAAAAGAAGAAACUGUAUAUGCCAAGCAUUAAGAAGUUGAACAUAAACCUUUAUGACGAGGUGUCGGAGAAGGUUAAGCUCACAGGACUCAUUCUUAUCACCUUGGCUUUCCUUGCGUGUCUGCUGCUGCUGGUUAUGUAUAAAGCUCUGUGGUACGACCAGCUUAGCUGCCCUGAGGGCUUCGUCCUCAAGCAUAAGCACUGCACCCCAGCCGCUCUGGAGAUGUACUACCCAGAGCAGGACGCAGGCUCAAGGGGAAGCCUGUACACCGCCAUCAGCCAUCUGAACCCUGCUAAGAAGGCUCUCCCUGAGCUCUCAUCUCCCUGGCUGCCGGUCAUUAACGCCAUGAAGGAAUCCCAGAAGGCCAAGGGGGAGGCGAGCCACUCCCAGUGAGGGUUGGAGAGAUGGGAUGAUGGAGGAGGAGCUAUACCAGAGUGGUUAUGUGUAUGUUUGUUUGAGUGAAAGAGGAAGCGCGUGUAUGUGUGUGUGUGCUGGUAUUAUCUCUGUAUAGCCCAAAGCAUCCAGAUAUCCAGACCAGAUCAGAUAUUUGUCUUUAAAACGCCGAGAGGAGCUCCAAAGCCUGUUGAAGUCAGCAGAUCCCUCGAAGGAAUCUCCCGUCUCGGUGUAUUAAAUCAAAUGUAGAUAUUAGCAACUCAUUCUUUAGAUUCAUAAUGCCAUGUUCUACUCAUUGUGCUGUUGUGGCUUCAUUAGUUUUUGCCACGGUGUUUGUGCUUUUCACCAUUUCCAUCUUAAGUAGCUCUCGCUCAGUUUAAUGUGAAAGAAGUUUCGCUUAGCAGAAUAACCCAUGCAUGGCGUGUAAAUUGUGCUGUCAAUAAACCUAAGGUGCAAAAAUCAUACGAUUUAAAAACCGCUUCAAUCACAGUUAAGUCAGUGUAAUAAUCUAUAAAAAAAAAAAUUCUCCUUAAUAAAUUUUGCUCAAACACGUAAUCUGUUCAUAAAUAUAAUAAAGCUAGCACACUACGUUUUUGCUUUCUGCAUAGACCUACUUUAUACCCAUGUAGAGAUUGCUGUAUAAUCACUGGCUGUUUACAUGAAAAUGAAAAAUCACUGAAUGUAAUGUGAAAUACAAGUGAACAGGAUUUUGAUAUGUAUUUAACACUUCAUGUUAAAAUUGAGGGUUUUUUUUUUUCUUCUUUGUUAGUUUGUAUUUGUUUAUUUGUGCUCAAACGGACAUUUCCUAUAAAAUUCAACCCACCAGCAGCUGUAGAUGUUUUAUUUCCUAAAAUAUCCUGUUGCACACUCAAGAAUGUGAAAUUCAAAACCAUGAAAUUAAGUAAAUGUGUCCUUAUGUACUGUAUGGAUUUUUAAAGGACACUGUUAUGAAUGUGCUAACUUACAACUAUCUCGGAUUACCAUCUUACACAUCUCCCCCAAUUUGCUUUGAUUGUU